GACUCCGUGGAUUCACCAUCACAAUACGCUUUCUUUCUGUAAAUUUACGCUUUCACCAAUUUAUAAAAUAUAUAAGCGAGGUGGUACUAAUUCGGGGAACCACUUCGUGUGCAUCAAACGAUCCAAACAAUACCCGCCCGUGCGCUUCGGCCCAGUAAAUCAGGCCCACAUGCCCGUUUGCAGCCCAACAAAUAAUGGCGCAACCACCCGAGCUAGCUCUCCCUCUCCUCCCGAUCUCAGCCGCCACGAGGCGACCGACCCCGGCGACGCUCGAUCCGGUGCUGCACCGGCCGCCGGUCGACGCCGGCGAGGAUUUGUGCCCUCUCCCGACCCACGUCUCUCUCUCGCGAAAUAGGAUUGGGCGCCGCCGCCGUUUUCCUGGUUGAAGGCGGCCAGAGCGCCGCACGGGAGGCCUUUGUCGAGCGAAGCCCUGGAUCACGGCGUUCCCGCGGAGGGACAGGGCGGCGGAUUCGAGGAUGGGCGCGGCAGGCGGAGCUCUGCCCUCCUUUGUCUUCUCCCAUCGAGCGCUGGAUCGAAGAAGCAUCAGCUCCCCCCACCUCCAUCCCGUCUCCUCUCCUACAUCGGCCACACCACGCCGCGCUCGUGGAGCGGAGUCGCAGAAGCACGACGCCGACUGCGGCGGAGUGAGGAGAGCUCGUCCGGUCGUCUUGUCCCCAAGCUGGAUCAAUGGUGCCUUCAGCAAAGUCGCCGAGGCUGGUCAUGUUGCCGGCUCAAGAACCAACAGAAAAGUUCCAGAUAGUUGUGUCAAAUAUAUCAGCCAAAAUAGUAGAGCCAGUCCUGAUCCCUGAUUAGAAUUCAAUCAUAAACUCCCAAUUAAGAGAUAAACACCCAGCAAGGAAUAGGGACCUGCUGUUGUUGCUUGAGCUUGUUGAGUUUGUUCUUGGAGCUCCUGUUCCUCGGGAAAAUCUGUUGGAAACCUUGAGCAAGCAUCUAAUGUUGGCUGUGUCA